UUCGACAGCUUAGACAAGCAUACUCAAUGGGGAAUUGACUUCUUGGAAAGAUAUGCCAAAUUCGUUAAAGAAAGGAUAGAAAUUGAACAGAACUAUGCGAAACAAUUGAGAAAUCUGGUUAAGAAGUACUGUCCCAAACGGUCAUCCAAAGAUGAAGAACCAAGGUUUACCUCGUGUAUAGCCUUCUUUAACAUCCUUAACGAGCUAAAUGACUAUGCAGGACAGCGAGAAGUAGUUGCAGAAGAAAUGGCGCAUAGAGUAUAUGGUGAAUUAAUGAGAUAUGCUCAUGAUCUGAAAACAGAAAGAAAAAUGCAUCUCCAAGAAGGACGCAAAGCUCAACAGUACCUUGACAUGUGCUGGAAACAGAUGGAUAAUAGUAAAAAGAAAUUUGAAAGAGAAUGUAGAGAGGCAGAAAAGGCACAACAGAGUUAUGAAAGAUUGGAUAAUGAUACUAAUGCAACCAAGGCAGAUGUUGAAAAGGCCAAACAGCAGUUGAAUCUGCGUACGCAUAUGGCUGAUGAGAAUAAAAAUGAAUAUGCUGCACAGUUACAAAACUUUAAUGGAGAACAACACAAACAUUUCUAUGUGGUGAUUCCUCAGAUUUACAAGCAACUACAAGAAAUGGAUGAACGGAGGACUAUCAAACUCAGUGAAUGUUACAGAGGAUUUGCAGACUCAGAGCGCAAAGUUAUUCCUAUCAUUUCAAAAUGCUUGGAAGGAAUGAUUCUUGCAGCAAAAUCUGUUGAUGAAAGAAGAGACUCUCAAAUGGUGGUAGAUUCCUUCAAGUCUGGAUUUGAGCCUCCAGGAGACUUUCCAUUUGAAGAUUAUAGUCAGCAUAUUUAUAGAACCAUUUCUGAUGGGACCAUCAGUGCAUCCAAACAGGAAAGUGGGAAGAUGGAUGCCAAAACCACAGUAGGAAAGGCCAAGGGCAAGUUGUGGCUCUUUGGAAAGAAACCAAAGCCACAGUCCCCACCCUUAACCCCUACUAGUUUAUUCACAUCCAGUACUCCUAAUGGGUCCCAGUUUCUCACAUUCUCCAUUGAGCCCGUGCAUUAUUGUAUGAAUGAAAUAAAAACAGGGAAGCCCAGAAUUCCUUCUUUCAGAAGCCUCAAAAGAGGGUGGUCGGUGAAGAUGGGUCCAGCACUAGAAGAUUUCAGUCAUCUGCCACCAGAACAGAGACGUAAAAAACUACAACAGCGCAUUGAUGAACUUGCCAGAGAACUACAAAAAGAAUCAGACCAAAAAGAUGCACUCAAUAAAAUGAAAGAUGUGUAUGAGAAAAAUCCACAAAUGGGGGAUCCUGGGAGUUUGCAGCCCAAAUUAGCAGAGACCAUGAAUAACAUUGACCGCCUGCGAAUGGAAAUCCACAAGAAUGAGGCUUGGCUCUCUGAAGUUGAAGGCAAAACAAGUGGGAGAGGAGACAGAAGACACAGCAGUGACAUAAAUCAUCUUGUAACACAAGGACGAGAAAGUCCUGAGGGAAGUUACACUGAUGAUGCAAACCAGGAAGUCCGUGGGCCACCCCAGCAGCAUGGUCACCAUAAUGAGUUUGAUGAUGAGUUUGAAGAUGAUGAUCCUUUGCCAGCUAUUGGACACUGCAAAGCUAUCUACCCUUUCGAUGGACACAAUGAAGGUACUCUGGCAAUGAAAGAAGGUGAAGUGCUAUACAUUAUUGAGGAGGACAAAGGCGACGGAUGGACAAGAGCUCGGAGACAGAAUGGUGAAGAAGGCUACGUCCCCACGUCAUACAUAGAUGUAACUCUAGAGAAAAACAGUAAAGGUUCCUGAAGAGGGUUUCUGAGGAAAUGGGCAAGAUGUUGAAGGAGGUUACAUGCAGCUGCUUUUGGGGGGAGGGUUUUAGAAUUUUCAGGCUCAAAGAGAGAGUGAGAGAAGCAAGUUGCAUGAGUGCAUGGAGACAUGAUUAUUUUUUACUAACUUCAUUAGCAUUUCCAUACUUUUUUAAAAAAUCAUUAUAAUACCAAUCCUAAAAUUCCUCACAAUUUUUUACAAAAAAGAAAAAAAGGAAGGGGGGUGCCAACAGUGGCUGACUUUUUUUUCCCAUGUGUUUUACUGAUGUCCAAAUUCGAAAGAAUGCAGAGCUGUCAUUAAUUCUGACUUACAUUUGGCUGUCCCAACAGGACUGUCUCCAUCCCAGCUCUGUUUUGAUUGGCUUUUACACCCAUUGUCUGUUAGAAUCCUUGCCAUUUGUCAUUGUCUGCCUGCGCCACCCUCGUGCUCGCUUAACAUCCUGUUGCAUGUUAGAGUGAUCGGGUUAGAUUUUCCAGGCAUGUCUUUAUAAUCCCUUGUUCUUGUCAGUGCCUUUGUUUUGUUUUACAUUUAUAGUGCAAAUCAGUUUGUCAAAGCAUCUUCAGCACUAAUGUUUCCAUCUAGUAUUUGUGUAUGCUGCUAUAACUUCCCCACUGCAAAACAUUCCAGUUUUGGCAUUAUGAAGAAGUAGUCUAUGAACCUGAAGUAUUUAUGGUAAGAAAAAGAAAACAUCUCUGCUCUAGUCUACAGCCCAGUUGAAAGAACUCUUUGAAACAUGAUACGUCUUCAGCACCUCAGUCUGGGAAGAAUCUAUAGUCAGCACUGAAAUCCUGGCAUUAAGACACAGAAGAUACUCACCACCUCAAGACAAAGGACUGUUUUCAAGUCAGCUGCUUCCAUUCAGAUGCUGCCUUAAACUAGAGUGCCUAAAUCUGUUGAUUGCCAACACUUCCACUACAGUAUCCCACAAAGGGCUUUACAUGUCAGCUCUGGGCGACCUCCUUUAACUCUGCAGCUCUGCUGCAGCUGCCGAUGUAGCCUAGGUAGGUGGCUUUGAGACCUCUACCGUGGACGAUGGUGCGUCUUCAAAUUUAUGCAUCAAACUCAAGACAUGUCCGAGUCCAUUUUACUUUACUCAGUGUUUUUAAGAGAAAUUUUAUGGACCCUCCCCAUUGUCUUUUAAUUUGGGGUUACAAAAUCCUCAUUUGAUUAUUAACAAUGAUAGUCUGUUUCCAAGUGAUGCUUUUGUUUGAAUCAGAUAAAAUUUAGUGAAACUUUGUAAUGAUCUAUAUGUGCACUUUUAAUUGUAAAAUGGAAAUUUCUGUAUGUUUAUACUUGUAAAUACAAUUGUUAGUGCCCCUGUUGCUCAUGUUGUCCUGCUUCACAUUUGUGAUUCUGUUACUGACUUGUAUCCUAACUAGUUUCUUAGUGAUGUUGUAAUAGAGAGAUAGGGGGAGGGGGGAGGUAUUUGUACCACUAAAGCUUCAUUAAUUUGGUUCUUUACUGUUUUGAGGGGAGAAAGAGAACGUGAAAUGGUCUGUGUAUUACUGGGUUUUAAGCAAUAUUUUAGGAGCUGUGUGACUGCUUUAAUAAUUUUUUCCCCAGUGUUACUUGAGUUGUACUACCAGUUAUACUAAAGCUGAAUGACAGUUGUGUGAAAGUUAAUGCCUUCAUAAGAUCAAGUAUGCCACUGUCACACAGCUGACCUAAGAGUGUAUUACUUUCGAGGCUAGUAAACUAUAAAGUUUAGAUUUUGAAUCUCGUUACAGGGUUAUUUAUAUAAUGUGACAUUAUUCAGUACUGACAGACUACGUGAAGUAGUUUUAAAAUCUAGUGCUAUUUUUAUUUUAAAAGUUAGCAAUGAGGAGGAAAUGUGAUCUGGCUGUGUUUGUCUUCUGUACAAAGCCUGAAGUGCUUGUAUUUUUUGGCUAACAGCCACAGAGGGCAAAGUUUAAGGCUUUCUGGUAAGGACUAACUGUUCUUUUCAAGCUACUGUUUGUUUUUGUAAAAGCAGGAUUUGCUUCCGUAGGAGGCAAGUUCCUUCACGUGGAAUUGUGCAACCUGUAUAUGAGUUAUUACACUAGGAGCAACAUUUGUACUUGCACAGUUUAAAUCAUCCUUCAGUUAUUCUUAAAUUUUGAACUUGUGACUUGUCCAAGAGAAAUCUUUAAUUUUUCAGUAAUUUUUACUCUCUUUGUGCACAUGUUGAUUUCUUAAUGGUAAAUGCGUUGUUUAAGAUAGUGUUCUUGGUUGAAAAUAUUUUCAUGGAAUAAAACAAUCUUUUCAAUGGUCAGUUAAA